AUGGCAGGGAGUACUGUCAACCUGGUACAUGACCAGGAGGGGCUGGGACCCAGCGACAAGAGCCAGACGGCCCUUUGGAAGGCAGAGGAGGUAGUUCCACCUGCCAUGUACCAGUUCAGCCAGUAUGUGUACAAGCAGACUGGCCUGCAGAUGCGCCAGCUCUCACGCCCUUCAGAGCUUAACUUUUUCAUCCUCGAGUCCUGGAAUUCAGGCAUCAUCACGGUGAUGUCAGCUCUAUUGGUGGCCCCCUCCAAGGCCUGUGAGUACUCCAAGGAGGGCUGGGAAUACUCGAAGGAGCAUGCCAAGUAA